ACUGUGAGAAAUACAUUUCUGGUACAAUUGCUCUAGUGGUUCGUUGAACAAGGUAUUUAUUCGCAACAUCACAUGUACAAAGUGGUUAAAACUAAAGUAAGAGACACUGAAAAUUACGUGAUACGUCGAUUAAUUGUUCAACCUAACCUCAAACUCACUCUUUUAAAACGGGAAGGAGAUGUCAGUUUAGCCAGUAUAAACCAGUUAUAUUACGGAUUCUUUAAAUCUUCUUAAUCUUUUAUAUUACUUACGUCGUUGCUGCGUGUUAAAAGAGGGAUGCCACGCAGCAAGCGUAGAGCACCCUCUAGCACAAAUCAUCAUACGUCUAUAGAAAUGUCACCUAGUGCCCAUGAGGAGGGUAUACCAAGGCAUCCAUCAAAAAGACUUAGACAUACAUCUAGUGCAAGACGUUAUACAAAAACAGAAGAUGUUUCAAGUGCUUCAUCCUUUUCCCAAAAACGUUGUAUCACAUGGUUUAGAGAAUACACAACACCUGAUGAUUCAGAUACUCUUGGACCUGAAGGAAUGGAAAAGUUUUGUGAAGACAUUGGUGUAGAACCUGAAAAUGUAGUGAUGCUUGUUCUUGCAUAUAAAAUGAAUGCCCGACAAAUGGGUUUCUUCACACUAAGCGAAUGGUUAAAAGGCCUUUCGGAAUUACAGUGUGAUUCUAUUAGUAAAAUACAACAAAAACUUGAGUACCUAAGGAAUCAGUUAAAUGAUCCACAUACAUUUAAGGGAAUUUACAGAUAUGCUUAUGAUUUUGCUAGAGACAAAGAUCAAAGAAGUAUGGAUAUGGAAACAGCAAGAGUUAUGUUACAAUUACUUUUGGGAAAACAUUGGCCAUUGUUCACACAGUUUGCUCAGUUCCUAGAUCAAUCGAAGUACAAAGUGAUUAAUAAAGAUCAAUGGUGCAACAUUUUAGAAUUUUCUCGUACAAUUAAUCACGAUUUAUCCAAUUAUGAUUUAGACGGAGCAUGGCCAGUAAUGCUUGAUGAAUUUGUUGAGUGGCUAAAAAUGCAGCGAGGUGAAGAGGCAUCAUCAACGGAAGCUAGAGGCAGCUGAAAC